GGCGCGCGCCGGAAACGCGCUUUGGGCCAGAGCGGGCGCGCGCGAAGCGGUGUGCAGAUGUGUCGCAGAUUUUGUAAAGUCACUGGACGCAUGGAAAGAGCCAGCAAAAGGAAGUCGCUCUGGAUAAAUGGGCCUUUAAACUUUCAGGAAAACGAGGCAGCCGAAGGAGACACGCGUGGAAGAAGACGUAUCCGAGGGAGGGCUGUCAUACGCAGUUAACGUUAGCUUAGUUUGUCGGGGAGAGGGACGUUACUUUGACAGUUAAAAGCCAGCGGACGGCGGCGUGCGAAGAGAUGGAGCUGUCAGCGAUCGGAGAGCAAGUGUUUGCAGUGGAAUCAAUCGUCAAGAAAAGAGUUAGAAAGGGGAAUGUGGAGUAUCUGCUGAAGUGGAAAGGAUGGCCUCCAAAGUACAGCACUUGGGAACCUGAGGAACACAUUCUGGACCGGCGCUUGGUUCAGGCCUACGAAGAGAAAGAACAGAGAGAACGAGCUCUGGGUCCCAGAAGGAAAGGAGCCAAAUCCAAAAGAAUCCUUCUGCAGAAUACUGUCUACACCAUGGAUCUCCGCAGCGCUCACAAGAUUCCCGAAAAGCCUGCACCGCGCCUGCGUCUGUCUCUGACACGCUCUCUGCUCCCCGAGGAUGACCAUCAGCCAUACAGACAGGAAUCACAACACAGACUGAGGACGAAGGAGUUCAAAUGCUUUAACUCAAACCCUCCAAGUCCAAGACAAGAGAACUGGGAAGAGCAUGGAGAGGAAGACGAGGAGGAGGAGGAUGAGGAAGAGGAAGAGAACAGCAUGGAAGAUGAUGAGGACAGGGAGGAGGAGCAAGAGGAGACUCAGAAGAACACAGCAAAGGAGAGCAAUGGCAUUUUAAAUGGACAUGAGAGGACAGACGGCUGGAGCUCCACGGGACCAGACGAGGGCACCACAUCAGAAAAUAUCUGGAGACCUGUCAUAUGUCCGGGAGAAAUAACUGUCACAGACAUCACCCUGAAAUCCCUCACAGUGACUUUCCGAGAGUCAAGAGUGGCCAAAGGCUUCUUCAGAGACUGGGGCCUGAAAGUCUGAAUUCUGGAAAUGGGGUUGGCCGGUUAGCAGUGGAGGCAUGGCGAGAGGGAGCUGGAGGCACCGACACAGUAGGUAAAAGGUGCCACAGUAGGUGUUUUCACUCUCUCUCUGCUUGUCUCAUUGCCAGCCUCUCCCAACUUUCUGAGUGGUACAUUUACAUGCACAGAGUCACCUGAAUAUAAGCUGAUCUCCAGGUAAAGUGUUAUUUUCAUUGUUCUUGACACUUUUCCUACUAUCAGACUGAGUUGCCUUGAAUAAGAAGAGCAUUACAUCAAUGUUUAUAUUAAGAACAGGAUUUAAAACUUGAGUAAAUCCUGAAAGGAAGUUAUUUUGUGGUUCCAGUAGAAUGAGAGGCUUAUAAAGUGAUGGCCACAGUAAGGACCUUCUGACCAAAACUUAAAAAAUGGCCACCAUACAACUUGCAUAGCAUUCUCAUGCAUUAAAUAAGUGGAUCAGCCACAGAAGAAGUCCACAUGGUACGUCAUGUGGACAACUGCAAAAAUCUUGCUCUGCUCCAUUUUUCUAAGUGAAUUUUCAUUUUUUAUGACAACCAAGACAACAGAAAAACAUGGAAAGCUACAUCUCCAGAGAGAGAGAUGAAGUUAUCCAAACACAGGUCCAACACAAACGUGAUGAAAAGACAGUACUGAAUAUCUGUGAAGGCAUUGAAUACUGGCAAAAUCAUUUUGGUAUCUGUUCUUUCCUUUGCCACUGGAGCAAAGACUGGGCCACAUUAAGUAUUUCAGCUAAUCAUGACCAAGGUACAGUCAGAAACACUGACAGAUCAAAUGUGAAGAAUGUCCAGACAUCUGGAAUCAAACAGCUGGAAAUGUGUGGAGGUAAAAUGGCUCAGAGUUUACUUGUAUUGUUGGCAUUGCUUAAUGCAUAGAUGUCCAAAGUAAAGUUCUCCUCUAGAGAUGUCUUUCAAAGAAACACAACUACAGUCGCACAGUAGUGGAAAGGGGUUUUCUUUGUUACCCUAAGGUAUAGUAAAGAUGCAAAACACAUUUCUGCCACGACAAACCAUUUGAAAAGUCACCUGCUUCAUAGUUAGUUUACCAG